UGGAAGGCGCUUUGUCAUGGGACCUGUGCGGUUGGGAAUAUUGCUUUUCCUUUUUUUGGCCGUGCACGAGGCUUGGGCUGGGAUGCCGAAGGAGGAGGACGAUGACACAGAACGCUUGCCCAGCAAAUGCGAAGUGUGUAAGCUGCUGAGUACAGAGCUACAGGCAGAGCUGAGUCGCACCGGUCGAUCUCGAGAGGUGCUGGAGCUGGGGCAGGUGCUGGACACAGGCAAGAGGAAGAGACACGUGCCUUACAGCGUUUCAGAGACAAGGCUGGAAGAGGCCUUAGAGAAUUUAUGUGAGCGGAUCCUGGACUAUAGUGUUCACGCUGAGCGCAAGGGCUCACUGAGAUAUGCCAAGGGUCAGAGUCAGACCAUGGCAACACUGAAAGGCCUAGUGCAGAAGGGGGUGAAGGUGGAUCUGGGGAUCCCUCUGGAGCUGUGGGAUGAGCCCAGCGUGGAGGUCACAUACCUCAAGAAGCAGUGCAAAGAAGUUGCUCGGGUUGUGGGGCGGAGAACCACCAGGAGGCUGGAGCCCAGGCAGCCUCCUCUGGCACACGGUGAAGGCGCCGGAACUACGGCUACUUCCGCGGCGCGGCUUCGGUCGCCAUAUCUGGGUACACGGGAACUCGCAGAGGACAAACUCCCACCCGCGUUUUCGAUUUCUGCGCUUUUCUCGAGUGAGGCAAGACCUAGCAGAGGCCCAAGCCCGUCCCUCCCUGCCAGGAGCAGCCUCAUGCGGACCGAGCCGCUGCUCGGGGCAUCCCCUCUGCUGGUGCCCGGCGACCCCUACUCCGUGGUGGUUCUGCUGCAGGGCUACGCGGAUCCCGAGGGGGUGGGCGACGCCGUGCGCGCCGACGGCUCCGUGACCCUGGUCCUACCCCAGACCCGGGGCCCGGCCUCCAGCCACCGAGAGUCCCCGCGCGGGAGUGGCGGCGCAGAGGCCGCCCUGGAGGAGGCGGCCCGUGGCCCCAUCCUGGUGGACACCGGGGGCCCCUGGGCUCAGGAGGCGCUGCUGGGGGCGCUGGCGGGGCAGGGCGUGGCCCCGGGAGACGUGACGCUAGUGGUGGGGACUCAUGGGCACUCGGAUCACAUCGGGAACUUGGGGCUGUUCCCAGGCGCGGCUCUGCUGGUCUCGCACGACUUCUGCCUCCCCGGAGGCCGCUACCUGCCCCACGGGCUGGGUGAGGGGCAGCCCCUGCGCCUGGGCCCGGGGCUCGAGGUAUGGGCCACGCCGGGCCACGGGGGCCAGCGCGACGUGAGCGUGGUGGUGGCCGGCACGGCUCUGGGCACCGUGGUGGUGGCGGGAGAUGUGUUUGAGCGAGAUGGGGACGAGGAUUCGUGGCAGGCACUGAGUGAAGACCCCGCAGCCCAGGAGCGGAGCCGGAGGAGGGUCCUGGUUGUUGCCGACGUGGUCGUACCUGGUCACGGUCCCCCCUUUCGAGUGCUAAGGGAAGCCUCGCAGCCCGAGACGGAGGGUGGAGGGAACAGCCAGCAGCAGCCGGCGGUCGGAGACGAGGAGCCAGCCCUGCACUACUCAGCCCCGAGAGGGACUGCACUCUUGUCAGGGAAGCCCUAACAGUGAGGAGCUGCUGGAGACAGAGUCAGAGCAGUCAAGGGUGGGAGCUUCCAGCCCUUCCAGGAGGCCAGUUUUCCAGUGAGGACAGAGUACACCUGACACUGCCAUCACAUCGUCAGUAUCACUGCCUGUCUCUGCCACCAAACUAAGAUCAAAGGACGGGCUCAGCUCCCUCCCUGUGCAUUCUCCCUGGGCCUCAGUAAAAUGGGAGAAGGUUCCUGGGAGGGGCCUCCAAAAUAAAAACGGAAACUGCAUUGAAAA